CAGAGACCUACCCUUCGCUCUAGCAGGAAAGAGACCUGAUUGAACGAGGCCUUUAAAAAAUUCCCCAGCUUCCUCCGCAAGGAUCUCGGAUCACACCCUUGGGGAUGCCCGAGGGUCGCAGUUAAACCCACUUGCUUAGUGCUGGGGAUUUGCAGCAGAGGAUCCAAAUCCAGGCCUCGGAGUUGCCGACACCACCGUCUCGCCCCCCACCCCACGCCCCCUGCCUCGCGGAUUGGUCAGGUCGCUAGUUCGGCGCCGUUCUGGGAAGACCUGGAAAAGCGGAGUUUACCCAAGGAAUAGGGUCCCCGCGUCGCUACUGCGCAUGCUUGCGUCGUGACCCUAGCUUGAGGUGACUGCCACUAUCAAGGCGAGGGCUGCAGGCACGGAAGCUAAGGGACUUGCUGAGGCUCAGUGGCCGGAGAGGGAGGGCUCCUCUGCGGUUGCUGACCUGCCGGUGCCUGGUGAAACCAACCCAGAAAGGGUAAGGGGUUUGCCCUCACAGCAGAGGACACAAGUGUUGAUGGACAUUGAUGGUAUUUCUCUCCCAUAAGUAUGAAGGACAGAGCCCCUGGACUGCCAGCUCCCUUGCCAGGGAGGAGGAGUAGAAGUCCAUCCACUGGGGCCUGAGCGCGGCCUGGGGGAUAGGCUGUUGGUCCCAGGAUGCCUCUGCCUGAGCCCAGCGAGCAGGAGAGUGAGAGUGUGAAGGCCGGUCAGGAGCUGUCCCCUGAGUCCCCUGGGGCUGGCACCGAUGUUAUUCCUACAGCCCCCAAGAAGCCCAGGAAGUUCUCCAAACUGGUCCUGCUGACAGCCUCCAAAGACAGUGCCAAAGUGGCCGCAGCCAAGCGCAAAGGAGUGCACUGCAUCAUGUCUCUGGGGGUGCCUGGCCCCACCACCCUCGCCAAGGCCCUCCUUAAGAUCCAUCCUGAGGCCCAGCGUGCCAUUGAGGCAGCCCCCCAGGAACCUGAACAGAAAUGCAGGAAGCUGGAUGCUGAAGGAAAAGAAGACGGAAGGUUGGCAGGGAGGCCUGCCCCCAGUCCUGCAGUGGGCGGGGAGGAGUCCUCUGUGGGGCCCAGCAAGGCCUCGUAACCCUGACAACUGCAGGCGAAGCAUCCUUGAUGAGUGGUGAAUUUGGCUGUGACUUCUGGCUGGGGCCCUGUCCCUGGCUGAUUCUCACUCUUAACAUCACGUAAUGUUUUUCAGCUCAAGCGCAAUUUACUUUUGUAAGCAGGGAAAAAAAAUAUGAAAACAGAAUAAAAUGAGCUGCAUGCUAGAUCCCAUCAUGAACAGGUUGUAUAAAUUCCAGGAUUCUGGAUCCUUUGAGGCCCAACUCCAACCAUCCCCCAUCCCCUGGGACCCUGCCCACCUUACCAGCCCUCACAGGGCCCUUCCCUGGGGCUGCCUGGUUUGGGCUAUCUCUCAGCCCUGGGGUGGCUCUCGGGGGGCUCCAUCCCUCAUAACCUCAUACCCUGGGGCACUUUCAGUCUGGAAAACCAGCCACUGGCCCAGAGACCAGGUGGGAUCCCUGAGGUUCCCCUUCCUUCUGCCUUGGUCUGAAAGUAGGCAGUGGGACCUCUAACCCUGAUCCUCUAGGAAUCUUGUCCAGCCCCUCCCUGACUCUCCUUCCAUGGUUGUUCCCUUGCUGGAGUGUCAGCCUGUUCCUGUGGGACUCUCAGGAGCCUCACCUACUCCAGGCAGCCACACGGGACUGACAGCCCCCUGCACAGGGUCCCUGCAACCAUGGCAGCCCAGGGUUCUACUGAGGAGGGGGUGGGCCUGCAGUGCAGGGGUAGGGACCGUGGCAGAGGUGUGCGAUAGGUACUCCCAUCAUGCUCCUCCCAGGAGGUUUUGUGGGCUGAGGGGGAUAACCAGGACCCUGAGCCCCUCCCCAGCCCCUGGGAGCUGCCCCUGCUAGAGGAGGAGGGGAAGAAACACAGUUUGCCUUCACUGGAAGUCAGGAUCUCCCAGAGCUCCCAUGGGGAAGGUUUCCACCCCCGUUGCUUCACCACAUGUGGCCUCAUCCUUU